AUUUUAUCUCCAGCUCUUUCACGCUUGCUACUUUUGAUAUUAUGCUAUUCUGCUGUCACCAUUAUGUUACAAAUUGUGAUAAAGUCAAAGUCAUACACGACUUUGCGAAUUGCAUCUACUUUGCGUUAUUACAUAAGGACUAAAAUAACUUUUUGUCAGAAUGGCCGGAGACAGUUCUGUCGAUGAAUCCCAGCUUAAGGGCUUGUCCAAAUACUUCAACAGCCAAACGAACAGGGGCAGAGCUAACACGGCCAAGGCAACAUACGCUGUCAUGGGUGCGUUCAUCCUAUACCUGACACUCAAACCUAAGUCAAAGAAGUAAUCCACGUUUUUAUGCAUACCUAUAUGAUUUUGUUAUUCAGUUAGUACAUAUAAUUUCAUUAAGGGCAACAUGUAAGUUAUUUAGUAAAUACAAUCAUGUGAACUCAU